AUGCUUUCUUUAGAUCAAGUAGACAUAAUUCCAUUUCCAAAUAUUCAUAUAAAAUUAGAUACAGGUUUGCAUCGGCUUGGAAUCAGUGUCAAUGAUGUUCCAAUUCUGAUUAAUAAACUCAGUGCAAAUUCUCAUCGCAUUCAUGUCAAAUCGAUUUAUAGUCAUUUUAUGGGAAUUUACACUUCAGGGUUGGAUGAUAUGGCUCGACAUCAAGCUGAUUUAUUUGUUACCAGUGCAGUUACCAUUGAAAAAGCACUAGGCUAUAGUGUAAUGAAACAUUUAUGUAAUUCGGGCGCAACAAUCCGUUAUCCCGAUUUUCAUUUGGAUAUGGUUCGUAUAGGAUGUGGCCUCUAUGGUAUUUGGCCUGUGCAACCGAAAGUUGAAUUUCAAACGUGUGUCGCUUCACUCGUUGCUCCCAUCAUUCGUCUUGAAUGGGUCUGUGAAAAUGACACUGUUGGGUAUGUUCAGCAUCGAUUAAAUCGUUCGUCGCUAAUCGGUGUUCUCUGUAUUGGGUAUGUAGAUGGUCUUCGACGUCAUUUAAACAAUGGUGAAGGGAGAGUAUGGAUAUACGGUUAUCGAGUUCCUAUACUCAGCAUUUCUAUGGAUAUGACAAUGAUCGAUUUGACUGAUGUUACUGAGCAAGUUAAUAUCAAUGACCAAGUUGAGAUUUUCGGUGAACAUAUACCACUUGAACAGAUGGCUCGAUGGUGCCAAAUGGUGUCUCAUGAAUUGAUUGCAGGAUUAGGUCAAAGAGUCAAGCGAAUUUUUGUGGCAGAAGAAUAUGCAAACUAA